UUUAUAUGAAUCAAAAAGUAUGUACAAAAGGGAUGAACAAGAGCUAUACAGGCUAAGCUAGUGUGGAACUUAUAAAUAAAGUAAAAUAAAAGGAGGAAUUUAAGGUUGUUCGCGUUCUGUUGGUACUUAACCUCUCCUUUUCUCUUUCAUAUAUGCAACAGUUCUUGUUCCUCUAGCCUGCAAGAACAUGGCAGAAUCGCCGCUUCUCCCUUUAGUGCGUGACGUGGCCAGCAAGGCUGCAGACGCAGUCGUCGGGAUGGUGACCCGCGUGUGUGGCCUCGAUGAUGAUCGCGGAACGUUGGAGCGCCAGCUGCUACCCGUCGAGUGCAAGCUGGCCAACGCCAAGGAGAGGAGCAUGACAAAUGGCUAUGUCAAGAGCUGGAUGAAGGAGCUCAAAUCUGUCGCCUACAAGGCCGACGACGUGCUUGACGACUUCCAGUACGAGGCACUACGCCGCCAGUCUAAAAUCGGCAGGUCCACUUCCCACAAGGUACUUGGCUACAUCACGCGCCGCAACCCGUUGCUCUUCCGUUUUGAAAUGAGCAGGAAACUCAAGAACGUCCUUGAGAAGGUCAAUAAGUUAGUUGAGGAGAUGAACAAGUUUGGCCUGGAGAAAUCUGUCCAUAAGGAGGAGCGGCGACAUCCUUGGCAGCAGACACACUCAAAACUGGACGACUCUACCAUAAUCUUUGGAAGAGAUGAUGAUAAGAAGGUGGUGGUGAAGUUGUUGUUGAACCAGCAAGAUCAGCGGAAGGUGCAGGUCCUGCCCAUCUUUGGGAUGGGAGGUCUUGGCAAGACGACUCUUGCUAAGAUGGUGUACAAUAGCCAGGAGGUCAAGCAACACUUUCAAUUGAAGAUGUGGCACUGCGUGUCAGACAACUUUGAUGCAAUUGCUCUUUUGAAAUCCAUCAUUGAGUUGGCUACAAAUGGAAGUUGUGACCUGCAUGGCAGCAUUGAACUAUUGCAAAAGCGACUUGAGCAAGUCAUUGGCCAAAAAAGGUUUAUUCUUGUUCUUGAUGAUGUAUGGAAUGAAGAUAAGAUAAUGUGGGAGGAUGUAUUGAAGCCACUAUUGUGUUCUGUUGGUGGCUCAGGAAGUGUUAUAGUGGUCACAUGUCGAAGCAAGCAAGUGGCCUCUAUAAUGUGCACAAUUAAGCCCCAUAAACUAGUAUUUCUGAGCGCAAAUGAUUCAUGGGAAUUGUUUUCAAACAAAACAUUUAGCAAUGGUGUGAAGGAGCCAGCAGAAUUAGUCAGCAUUGGAAGGCGUAUUGUCAACAAAUGUGGAGGGUUGCCUCUUGCUCUCAAGACAAUGGGUGGCUUGUUGAGUUCAAAGAAACAUGUACAUGAAUGGAAGGGCAUUGAAGCAAGUAGCAUAAGGGAUAAUGAUGGAGGAAAAUAUGAGGUCAUGCCCAUAUUAAAGUUAAGCUACAAACACCUGUCAUCUGAAAUGAAGCAAUGUUUUGCAUUAUGUGCAAUUUUCCCCAAGGAUUAUGAGUUGUAG